AUGAAGCAGCACCACCCCACAACGACAGAGGUAGACAUCACGAACGAUGCCGAUAAGAAGAAAGGAACUCGUCGUCAUUCCACCGUCCACAGACUUCAGCAGAAGGUCCGCGGUAUCGACUUCGACUGCACAGACGGGGCAGACAAGACAGCCCCUCAGAUCACGACCUUGACUCUGGACGACCCGGACGCGAUACAAGAAUGGUUCACCUCGUACCCUUCCACGCCAUGUCCCGCGCUCCGACUCCUUACCCUCGAGCACCGACAAGAAUCACCCCAUUCCUCCACCCGCCACAUAGCAGCCCCACAAGCCAGCAAACCAUGGCAGCCCGGUCAACCUUUCACUCAAGCAAUACUGGAACACGCACUUUGGCAGCAUCAAGCUUAUACCGACCUCCUCCCUACUCGCGCCGGUGGUUGCGCGGCUCUAAUAGACGAACCAGUUUGUUUUAUCCUACAAACACCACUAGAUUCCGGACCGUUUUGCUCUCUUGCUUUGUCGCGGAGGGGCCAUAUUGUCAAGGGUACAUAUAUCUACCGUAAUGCACUGGGUCGAGAGGAGAGGUUCUUGGAUCCGCUGGAGAUCAUGCAGGGCGAGAAAGUCAUUUCUGGGUGGCGGGCUUCGGGCAUGCAGAUUGUUAGCCUUCCGGCAGCUGUGGCGCGGAGUCAGGCGAGGUAUGUGAGUGGUGAGUUGGAGGAUAUUGCUGUUCGGCUCGAUCAAGUGGAGUCGGCUUUGAGUGAUUCGGGAGCAGGUGAUGCUGGGGCUGGAACGCUGACUCCAAUCACGCGCGUCCUCCAGGCCCAGUCCUCGCGGCUCUUGUCAUUGGAACGGAGAAUGAAUCUACAGAGUCAGAUCCUGGACUCCAUCGAGGUGGUCACGGCUGCCCAUCGCCAUGGCACGACGCCUUGGCCUGCUCUUGCGCCCAUGAGGAAUCAAAUAGAGACCUGGUCUCAUGACAUGAUAUCCCUUCCUCGACGGAUCGAGAGUGCGCAUCGAACGAUCCAGACACUAAUCCAGCAGCGUAAUGAACAACUCAACCUCGCUAUCGCUGAGUCCUCUCAUCGUAUGAUGGAGGCCGCCUUGCGGGAUAACGCUACUAUGAAGACGAUCGCGAUCAUGACUAUGGUGUUCUUGCCCAGCACGGCGGUGGCGAGUUUCUUCUCGAUGCAGAUGUUUAAUUGGGGUGUUGGUGGCGACAGCGUGGUGAUGGCGGUGCCGCUUACCGGGUUGGUGGUUUGGGGUUGGUGGGUCUGGGUCAGGAGGAGUGAGAGGAGGAUUGAGGGGAUGAGUAGACGAGAUCGCUUGAGCACUCGUGGUGGAAGCAGGGAUGAGAGUGAGAGGAGGGAUGAGAGUUUUACUGAUGAAGUCGAGCUGGAGACUUUCGACAGCGAGGACGUGAAGACGGGGGCUGUGAGGGAGCCUUGA